AUGUCCUAUAAUCUAAAGGCAGAUGCAUCUGUAAUAGACAUCUUGAGUGUGGCAUCAAUUGGAUGUUCCAAUGCUGAAGUUAAAACCUGUAAAACAACUUUUGGAGAGUCACAUGAAGAUACAGAUAGAUUGGAAUUAGCAAUAAUCAAUAACCCAAAUAAUCGGGUAACUCUUAGUUUUCAUUGUUGUCUAGUGCUGAUGUUGAUGUGCGCAAUUUUUAUUUGUUAUGCAGAUAGAACAGUAAUGCCAUCAUGUAUUAAAAUUAUUGGACUUGAUUUUAACUUCUCAAAGUCUGAGCAAGGGCUUAUUCUUAGUUUUUUUUAUGCAGGAUAUAUCUGGACUCAAAUUAUUGGGGGUUACCUUUCCGAUACAAUAAGACUCGGAGGCAAAGGUGUUCUGCUACUUGGAGUCUUUUUUUGGAGCUUGUCAAUGAUAGCUACUUGUCUUGGUCAAUGGUUGAACUUUGCUGGUUUUCUAAUGGCUAGAAUUAUCUUAGGAAUUGGUCAGGGUGUUGCAUUCCCAGCAGUAAACUCAAUAGUUGGGAGAUAUAUCCCUUCACAAAACUCAACUACUGUUGUAGGAAUGAUAAUUGCUAGCUCCUAUAUAGGAGCUGGAGUUGCAGCUUUUGCAACACCUCCCAUCUUAAAUUCCAUUGGUUGGAAGGGUGUAUUUUAUAUCUUUGGAGCACUUGGUAUUUUUUGGUGUUUAGUAUGGCUUUUUCUAGAUGUUGCGAACUUGAAAUGGACAAUUUCCCCAAAAUUUGUAGAAUUUUAUAAAUUUGAACGAAUAAAGAAGCCAAAAGAGGUAUAUAAAACUGUAGAAAUAUUAGAAAUAGAUAGUUCUUAUAAAUCAAGCUUAGGACAAAAUGUCAAUAUUCAAGAUAACCAAGUUAGAGAACAUCAGGAUAUAUCCCCAAAAGUCAUAAGUUCUUUAGCAACUUUUUCCAAUGAUCCUAAAUAUUUAGAUGACCCAUCUAAAUCUUUAAAUACAACUCAAAGAAAAGGAAGUUUUAAGCUAGUAUCUCACUUUUUGAAAUAUAAAAGUGUCUGGGCAAUUAUCUUUGCUCAAUAUGGUCAUAGUUGGACACAAUUUGGAUUUGUAACUUGGCUCCCAGUAUACUAUUCAGAUGUUAACCUUGUUUCUUCACAUACACUAGGUUAUUAUACAACUCCACCGUGGAUUAUCCAAGCAAUUUCCAUUAUUAUUUUUGGAUAUUUAGCUGAUUGGUUAGUUGUUCAAAGAAAAUGUCGACCAAUAGUAGUUCGAAAGAUUUUUCAAUCUUGUAGUAUGAUAUUUCCAGCAAUUCUUCAGAUUACUCUCAUUGUCUUAAACCAAUUUGAAUGGAUAUCACCUAUAUACUCAGUAACUAUAGUUUCAUUGAUGUCUAUAUUUAAUACUAUGAGUUGUGGAGGAGUUACUGUUAACCAGUUUGAUAUUGCACCAACAGCACCAGCCCUUGUAUAUUCCAUUGGAAACACAUCCGGAACAUUUUCAGGACUCCUUUCUGUUUCAAUUACAGGAUUCAUCCUACAUAAAUCUCAAGGUGAUGUAGAAGAAACAAAUAUGGAGGAACAUUCUUUAGCUUUAGUAAGAUGGAGGAUCGUCUUACUUGUCUAUGCAAUUCAUAAUAUUAUUGGAGCAAUACUAUAUAUUUUUUUAAGUGAUGACAAACCAAUAGAUUUAACUCAGGAAGAAAAUUCUGAGCAAAAAUAA